GUAGGGAUGGGGGUUGGAGGGGUGCUGUGAGGAAAUGUGCGAGGAAGGGGAGGCAGCUGAGCCCUCUAAGUAAGAGGCGUCGGUAGACAGUUGGAGCUGGAGAUAAAAAUAAACUUGGCUGCAUAUUACGCAUUUCAGUCAACUGGGCCAGCCCAUCACUCAUCCAAGAGAUUCUCUCAGGGAGUGUGCUGCUGCUGGGAGCCAUGACAGUGAGGGGGGCUGCGCUGGCCCCACACCCAGCAUCACCCACAACCGCAGCAGCUUCACCUAGUGUCUCUGCCACCCCCGAGGGCAGUCCCACAGCCAUGGAGCAGCCUGUGUUCCUGAUGACCACCGCCGCCCAGGCCAUCUCCGGCUUCUUUGUAUGGACAGCUCUACUUAUCACCUGCCACCAGAUCUACAUGCACCUGCGCUGCUACAGCCGCCCCAGUGAGCAGCGCCACAUUGUGCGCAUCCUCUUCAUCGUGCCCAUCUACGCCUUCGACUCCUGGCUCAGCCUUCUCUUCUUCACCAACGACCAGUACUACGUGUACUUCGGCACCAUCCGUGACUGCUAUGAGGCCUUUGUCAUCUACAACUUCCUGAGCUUAUGCUAUGAGUAUCUUGGGGGAGAGAGCGCCAUCAUGUCUGAGAUCAGAGGAAAGGCCAUUGAGUCAAGCUGUGUGUAUGGCACAUGCUGCCUCUGGGGAAAGACCUACUCCAUCGGAUUCUUGCGGUUCUGCAAACAGGCCACCCUACAGUUCUGUGUGGUGAAGCCACUCAUGGCCGUCAGCACUGUUAUUCUACAGGCCUUUGGCAAGUACCGGGAUGGUGACUUUGAUGUCACCAGUGGCUACCUCUACGUGACCAUCAUCUACAACAUCUCAGUCAGCCUGGCCCUCUACGCCCUCUUCCUCUUCUACUUCGCCACGCGGGAGCUGCUCAGCCCCUACAGCCCUGUUCUCAAGUUCUUCAUGGUCAAGUCCGUCAUCUUUCUCUCCUUCUGGCAAGGCAUGCUACUGGCCAUCUUAGAGAAGUGCGGGGCCAUCCCCAAGAUCAACUCAGCUCGAGUGUCAGUGGGCGAGGGGACCGUGGCUGCCGGCUACCAGGACUUCAUCAUCUGUGUUGAGAUGUUCUUCGCAGCCUUGGCCCUGCGGCAUGCCUUCACCUACAAGGUCUACGCCGACAAGAGGCUGGACGCUCAAGUGCUGACAUACGGCCCAUACGGCCGCUGUGCCCCCAUGAAGAGCAUCUCCAGCAGCCUCAAAGAGACCAUGAACCCACACGACAUUGUGCAGGACGCCAUCCACAACUUCUCACCUGCCUACCAGCAGUACACGCAGCAGUCCACGCUGGAGCCUGGGCCCACCUGGCGUGGUGGUACCCAUAGCCUUUCCCGGUCCCACAGCCUUAGCGGUGCCCGUGACAACGAGAAGACUCUGUUGCUCAGCUCUGAUGAUGAGUUCUAGGUAUGGGCACAGGUGGGGAAGGGGCGGUGCCCCCUCCAGCCCCGAGCCCAGCUGGGGAGCAGCCAGCACAGUGCUGCUGUUGCCUUUUUAUUUAUUGGACCAGAAACACUCGCAGGAUUAUGGCCUCAGGAAUAUGUCUACAUGGCCAACCCUGCACUACUCGGGGUGAGAGCAGAGAAGACUGGCUGUAGCUGCCACACCUCUGCUGCCCAUUCUGUACUGGGGACACAUCUGGAACCAGCCAUGCCUGGGCCAGAUGCUUGUGUGUUGGCCAGAAGCUGCAUCCUAGCCCCCUCCCCAACAGGAUAUCUGCUGAGCUGUCAGGCCCAGCCCACCCUACUCCGUGCAAUACCCAGGCCCAACCUGGUCUUUUCCCACCUGUCCCCACUUACCAGUUGACCUUUGUCCAAUAUGGGAUCUGUCUCACUCUGGGCAGGAGAUGUGAAUGCCCUGUGGACCCUUCCC